GCGCUGUGCGUACGCGGCGGAAUUGGAAGUGAAGAUGGCGGACGAGGAGGCCGAGCAGGACCGCGGUGAGCGGAGCUACGCUUCCACCGCUCUGAACGCGCUCGCAACGCGCCUGGAGGACGCCGCAGCGGCCCUGAGGAGCAGCCAGGAGUCUCCGGCCGAGCGCGCGUCGCAGUACUGCUACGAGUUCUGUCAGGCGCUGGCGGAGUACGCCGGGCUGUGGCGGGUGGAGGAGGAGCCGCUGCCCGUGCUGGAGGUCUACAUCCGGGCUCUGCUGAGCUUCGCACAGGUGUGCCCGCUGCUCUCGGCCCACUGCGAGAAGGUGCCCGUCGUCCUGGAGAGGCUGGCGCUGAGUUGUGCUGAGUUGCUGAUUUCCAUGCCCAGGAAUAUCCCAGAUGCACUGUGGGACAGGUUCAGGUCUUCUGUCCAGAUCGCCCAUCCUCUUGUGCAGGAGAAGGGCAUCGGUCACCUCGUCAUCCUCUCCACCAUCGCUCGAGAGCACGGGGUCUGGGCCAAUCCCACGCUGCUCGCCAUCCUCGCCAGUGACACGCCCCCGCAGGAGACCGUGCAAGAGUUCCUGGCCCUGGAGGGACCAACACUCCUGAGGAUGCGAGUGAAGCACCUGAUCAAGGAGAGCUGUGUAGAUCAGGCGGCGGCGCUGGCCAAGGCCUGUGCCGAGCUCUCGCAGUUCGAGGACAAGGGGCACUUUAAGCAGAUGUACCUGGUGUGUCUGUGCACUGUUGCCCCGCAGGAACUCAUCAUGGAAGAGCUCUCAAAAGUGGACUGUCGUGAUGCUCUAGAGAUGAUUUGUAACCUUGAGGCAGAUGGUGACGAGAAAGCUGCAUUUACAUUGUGUUCUGGGUUUUUGACCCGUCAGAUUCUACAGGAGGAUACCUACUGUGCUUGGCAAUUGACUCUGUUCUGGGGAAAACUGCUCAAGCGGUUAGAGCCUUCAGAUCAAGGCUUUUUGGACAGAUGCCGUCAGAUGUCAUUUCUGUCUAAAACUGUGUUCCACCUACUCUUCUUCAUCAAAGUCAUCCAGUCAGAGAUGGACAAAGUUGGACUUUCGACUUGUGUUGAGAUCUGCAUACGAGCUCUACGAUUGGAAUCGUGCGAAGGGAACACCAAGGCCACUGUCUGCAAAACCAUAUCCUGCCUCUUACCCUCUGACCUGGAGGUCAAAAGAGCCUGCCAACUGACAGAGUUUCUCCUGGAGCCAACCGUGGACUCUUACUAUGCAGUGGAAACUCUUUACAAUGAGCCAGACCAGAAGCUAGAUGAGGAAGACCUGCCGGUAUCAAACUCGCUGCGCUGUGAGCUCCUUUUAGUCCUCAAAACCCUGUGGCCUUUUGAUCCCGAGUACUGGAACUGGAAGGCAUUAAAACGCCACUGUUUGGGUCUAAUGGGGGAGGAGGCCUCAAUUGUGUCCUCCAUUGAUGAACUGAACGACGGUGACCCUGAGGACUUAGGGGAAGAGACCGGCAUCUUUAGUGAGGACUUCAAGGAUCUCUCACAGCACUUUCUGGAUACAACUAAUGAACUAAAUGAAAUGGAAGAUCAAAAGCAGAAGAACAGAGAGUUGAAAAAGUUGAGAGGAAAAGGGUUUGUCUCAGCAAGGUUUAGAAACUGGCAGGCUUACAUGCAGUACUGUGUUUUAUGCGAUAAGGAGUUUCUGGGUCACCGAAUAGUGCGUCAUGCGCAGACUCACUUCAAAGAUGGAUCCUACAGCUGCCCAAUAUGUUUAGAGACCUUUGAAACAAAAGAGACUCUUGAACCACAUGUUGCAUCGCAUGUUAAACUUUCUUGCAAAGAGCGCCUCGCUGCAAUGAAGACUAGCAAGCAAUUAUCUAACCCCAAAACGGCUGCUCCUGUCAUAGCUGCCCUGAAAGCUAAAAGCAGUGAAAAUCAGGUGCGCAAAAACAAGACAAAAAACAACAGUGGUGGGCAAUCCAACAAACUUAGUAAUGGAGCUGCCAAUGACUCUGAUUACUUAGACUUCAAAAACAGUUGUGAUGGGAAUAUUUGUCCAGUCCAAAGCUGCAGGAGGGGAUUUAAAUAUUUCCGAAAUCUUGUUGCCCAUGUGAAAGAUCAUGGCGACAAUGAGGAAGCGAAGUGCUUCCUUGAAAUGCAGAACACAAAAGUGGUGUGCCAGUAUUGCCGUCGUCAGUUUGUCAGUGUUGAUCACUUAAAUGAUCACCUACAGGUGCACUGUGGCACCAAACCAUACAUUUGCAUACAGCUUAAUUGCAAAGCCAGCUUUGACUCCAAUGCCGAACUUAUCGUACAUAAGAAAGACCACCCAGUCUUCAAGGCUAGGUGUAUGUUUCCGGGUUGCGGCAAGAUUUUCCAUGAACCCUACAAACUGUAUGACCAUGAGUCACAGCAUUACAGAACAUUUACCUGCAAAGUACCAGACUGUGGUAAAGUGUUUCAUUCACAGACCGAAUUAGACCUCCAUGCUGAGAGCCAUGUCGUAAAAGUGGAAGCCCAAGGCACUGACAGUCUAAGUAUUCAACGAGAGGAACCUAAUCCAGACCACUCCAAUCAAAUAGAUCAGGACUCUGCUCUGCCUGGCUCUCUCUCAGUCUCCCAUUUCAAUGAAAACAGCACAGGGUCUCAAGAGGAUCGUCCAUCUGACAUGGGGAUAAAGCAUUCUGUUGAAAAUAUGCUAAGUAGCAAUUUUACAGUUUCCGCUCAAGAGUGUGUCCAUUCUGGGACAAGUAAACCUGAACAACAUCCCAUCCAACAGCAAAUCCCUCAGAUCAAUGACCUCUUGGGCCAGUCAGCUGUGGGCACUCAAGCGCCUCACUUAAUUCAGCAUAGACCGGAGGAAUCUCUUUUGGAGGCCUUGAUGAGUGAUUCAGAUCCCAUGCCGUCUACAUCUUCAUACCAGAGUGUAUUAGAGGACUUUCUGCCUGUCCCACCAACUGAUGGUCAGCUGCAGACAGCUGAUUCUGGUACUACUCCAUUAUACAACAAUACCAAUGGAGUAUUUCGGCAGUUCAGUCCUAAUCCUUUAGCUCCGGUUCAAACAUCAUAUCAGAACCUGUGUAGUAGCAAAAUGGCCUCUCCAACACAGACAUGCCACAAUACAGCUCCACUUGUUUCUUUGGGUCAGAUGCUUCCUCCUGUUUCUCAGACCCUUCCUCUACAAAUGGCUUCCAUGCCAAAUAAUGGACAAGUAUUGGAGAACAAAUCGGUGAAACCAGUAGAUAUGAAUGUUGUCCAAGUGGUGAAAAACAAAGAGAGACACAAAUGUCCCUAUGAAACAUGUACUCGAGACUAUAGCUCUUACAGAAGUGUUACUAAGCACAUGAGGGCUGUUCAUUCUGAAUUUUACACACAGUGGAAACUAGCAAAGAAGAACAAUGUUGCAGUCCCAUCCACGCUCAGAUCUGUUCCUGUAAAUGGAAGCCUCAAUUCAGUUGUGAAUCCACAAGACCAGCUGGGCCAAAGAGUUGCCUGCCUUGGUGUUCAGACACAGAAUCCCCUGAGCCAGCAUCCUCCCUACCCAACCAACUGCACAGUUGCCCCACAGAACCCCAACUACCCUUCUGUCUCCUCUCAAGUCACUGCUUCCCCAGGGCAUAUCCGUACCAAUGAAAUGGACAAUAUAUUAGAUCCCAUUGUUCUCUCUCAGCUUGGAAAUAGUACAAAUCAGUCUCAAAUGGCAGCAGACCACUUGUGGGAUCCCAGGAACAAUUCAAUACUCCAACAGCAGAUAUGUAAUUCUCAAUCAAUGACCCAAAACAUGAACACACAUUCUAGCAGUCAAUUUACUCGCAUGAAUGCAGCUUCUAGUGAGGACGCACAGAAGAGAAGUAUGAGCUAUACUACUCUUCAACCGCAGAGUAAUACUAAUGUUUACCCAGCACCAGCUCAAGCAGACAGCGUUCAAAAACUCAAUGGCACCUCAGAUGAAAGUAUACAUUCAGUCGGCAAUCUCAGUCCACCGCAGCAAAUUAUGGGCCCUAAUGCAGUGGUAGCCCUUAAUUCUGUAGUAGAGACAAAUCUGGGAUCUGCUCAAAUGUCUGUCUUGCCCUCUUUCAAUGACCGUUUGAACAAUUCAGUUUCUAAAGAUUCUUCGGCAGAUUACACACGGCAAACAAAUGAUAAUUUCACUUCAGUAACUAACAGUCAGUGUGUGGUGAAGUUGGAGAGAGAUACAGCUUUAGCUUUACCACUUCAGAUCAAUGAAACUCCCCCAUCAAAUAGCAGUUCUCCAAGUUGUCAGAAUAACACUGGAAAUGUGUCCAGUGAUAAAGGCAGCAAAAAAGUUAAACGAAGCAAAAGAACAAAAUGGCCUGCAAUUAUUAAAGAUGGCAAGUUCAUUUGCUGCAGGUGUUAUAGAGAAUUCCCGAGUCCUAAAUCUCUGGGAGGACAUUUGUCAAAACGGGCUCAUUGCAAACCAUUUGAUGAAGCUGAUUUGACAGCGGACCUCCCCAGUUCAUUUCUUGAUCUUCUUAACUCGCCACAUCCAGCACCAUCUUCAUAUGUGAACCUGCCAUUGAGUAAGGGCCCUCUUGAUCCAAAACUAUACCCAAAUGUCACUUUUCCCCAAGCCAAUGGCACCUAUAACAGCAAUGGCAAACAGAUGGGGGGAGUGUUUAAGCAGAGCCCGUCAAAUAUUUGUGUGAGUUCUGGGCAACAGCAGACGGUUCCUAACCCCUGUGGUCCAUAUGCUCAGAGCAGCCGUAUGUCUGAAACUAGUGUCAUACAGCAUACUGGUAGUGUCAAACAUCAGCUUCAAGCGAGUUAUUCUGAGAUGUCUAACCCACUGUUUAGUGACGAUGUCAGUGAUCCUCUUCUUUCUCAAUUGUUGGCUGAUGACCAGUCUACAUCCAGCCUGAAUAGCGGUUCAUCAGAUCAUGUCGGUCAAAUUCUACAAGCUGAAACAUUAAACAAAAUGAAAGACAUCAAGGAAAGAACAACCGACAGUGCAAGUGACUUGUCAAAUGAUGGACUUCUGGCAGCCAUGGCAAGUCUUGCUCAAAACCUGGUGUCUGAAAAGAGUGUCAAAGAAAAACUACGUGAACAGAUAUUGGCUGGAGACCUUUACAAAAAAAGCAGCUUGCCUCGUGGAUCAAGUGUUGACAGUUCCUACUCACAAAUGUCUGUAGCAAGUCCUGACAUUGGGGAUCCACAACAUACCUCAAACUUGAUUGAGAAUGCACCUCAAAGUGAGCUGCAAGCUGUGGAAAACACAGCCAAAGUCCCUGUCGAGGCAGUUUCACAAUUGGGUGACAUGAGUCCAAAUGAUGGCUUCAUUCACCCUGUUUCGUCUGUACCUUCGGGAAGUGGGGUCAAUGAUCAGUCCAACAAUAUGCCCAUAACCGAAGUGGAUGAAGUGUUGGAACUCCAAAAAGCUCUCGAGAAUCUUGACCUAGACAGAGAAAUCAGUGAGGUUACCAAAACUGUGGCUGUUCCUGCAGUGAGUGAAGCACAGCCUAAUAAGCCACAACCAGAGCCUAAGGAUUUACCCAAGGAGAUACCAAUUUAUGUGAAACCAUUUGUAUGUGACACAAAUGGUUGUAAUUACAGUUGCAUGACGAAAGAUGCUCUUUUUAAACACCUUGUCAAGAUCCACAAUUACACUGAUAAAAUGUUAACUCAAAUGAAAGACCAGUUUAAUGUUUCCCCUUUCGGGUGUCAAAAAUGUUCUAAGGCCUUCACACGCAACUCCAAUCUCAAAGCCCAUUAUAUGUCAGUUCAUAACUAUUCACAGGAAGAAAUAAAGAGGAUGAAAAUUAGGCCUAAGCCCAAUCACAGACUCCUGGAUAGUGAUGCAGGGAGCCCUUGUCCAGUGCCAGAAACCCCCAAACCAGUUAAAAAAACUCAACGUGUGGAUGCACGCAAACAGCAGAAAGAUGCUAAAUGUUCUUCAGGCUUCAAGAGAGAAGAUAAUGUCAAAAAAUCACGUUGCAUUAUUCCAUUGCUAGUCCAGAAAUCUUCUUUUGCGCCUCAAAUCAAAAGUCCUGCAUUGGGAACACAUACAGUUACUCCGCAAACUCAGAUGGCUGUUCAGUCUUCGGUGAUUGUGUCUGGCUGUUCUUCGGUGACUCCAAGAAUGGAUCCGAACGCAAAUGGAUGGUUUCCCACAAAGUCUUCUGUUUUUGGUCAAACCCAUGUGUCACCACUAAAAGAGAUACUGCCCAUAGCUCCUUUUACCCAGAAUCCUUGUGCACCAGUACAGACAUUAAAUCAGUCAUUGGACAAAAGGCCCAAACCUAGCAAGCCUCGAGUUGCAAAGCCAAAAGAAUCUCCCAAAAAAACAAAAGAGAAAAAAGCAGAGAUCGAUGACGUAUUUAGUCCUUAUAGACCUUAUCGUUGUGUUCACCAGGGCUGUGUGGCAGCUUUUACAAUCCAACAGAAUUUGAUCCUGCAUUAUAAAGCUGUGCAUCAGUCGUCUUUGCCUAAAUUUGAGGUCAACAGCCAAGAUGAACAGAACGAAGAGGAGGUCGAGGACAAGGAUGGAAAUGAGGAGAGUGAAGACAAGUUGGACGCGGACAUAAAGGAAGUGGAUGAGCUCAGGUGUCAAGUCAAAGACUGUUCUCGCAUUUUUCUGUCAGUUACAGACUUGCUCCAGCACUACCUUCAGCUCCACAAAUUAACCCUCGAGAAAGCAGGUGCCAGGAUGUGCAGUAUCAACCUGGGCAGGUUUCAAUGUGAUCAGCCAAACUGCUCAGAGACAUUCACUGCUUUCUGGAAAUAUAUCGGCCAUGUCGACAAAGAGCAUAAAGAAACCAAUCCCUCAAAAGUCGAGCCCAUAGAAGGGAUGUUCAGAUGUCAGGUGGAAGGAUGUGAAUGCGCUUACAGCACACGGUCAAAUCUACUACGGCACACCAUGAAGAAACACCAAGACGUGUACAAACGGCUGCUCAUGAACCCACGAGAAGGCGGGAGAGGGGUUAAACUGGGUCGUCCCAGGAAGUAUGAAAAGAUUGAAGUUGUCGAGAAGGAAAACCGAGAGACUAAUAAGAAACCUAUUAAGAAGGUAGCUAUUAAGAAGGUAGCUCUUAAAAAGGUAGCUCUUAAAAAGAGAAAAGCAAAUAAAAGUAAUUGGACUAAGUAUGGGAAACCUAUUUUGAAAACACAGGAAGAAGCGGCUGCCAUGUGCACCAAGCGCUUACAACUCCAGUACGCUUGUAUGAUAAAGGGUUGCGAAACGGUGACCAGUUCUGAGCGAAAUAUAAUGAAACAUUAUCUUCAGCAUGGGCUCCCAAAACAGUACCUGGAAGAGCAGAGGAGCAACUUUAUCUACUGUAAAAAGAUACCCCGGUCCAAGUACAAGCGCAUCGCUUCCCGGAGCGACGACACGGAUAAGUCUGAGGAGAGCUCCAUUGAGACGACUGAGAAUGAUGAAGUCGCUGAGCCGGGCCAGAGUGAGUCCGAGUUCUCGAAGCCCACGUCUGAGAAGGAGAGCACAGAGGACGUCGAUCUGUCAGACAGCAAGCCUUCGACUGACACCUGCUCGGAGAUAUCGGUGGUGGUCAAGCGGCGGAGGGGGCGUCCGCGCAAGAUCGACAGUGUAAAGAAGUCCUUAGGCCCUAAAAGGGUGACGAGACUCAGGACUGCAAGGAGUUGUGCAGUCAACUAUGUGGACUUGAACACCGAUUCCAUGUCCUCCAGCGCUACCAUGACACAGGAAGACGUGUCUGGUCAAAACACACUGCUGAGUUCAUUCAAGCCCAUUGGAUUUGAGGUGUCCUUUCUUCAGUUUCUCCAGGAAACCAAGACAUCCCAUAAGAGAAAGGCAACGGUACCGCUGAACGGAAGUGCGCACAAAAGACUGCAGACUGCUUUCCACCUAAAGACUGCGACAGUCGUGUGCAAAAGAUCUGACGCACAAUUGCACUCGAGAGAUGUCCUCAAGCUUGUUGAAUUUAAAAAUCCCCAAAAGUUGACCUCACUCAGCAAUGUCACAUUUGAGGUGCAAAAAGUUUUUUCUGAUGUCCUUGAAAUUCUUCUAAAGCAGCUUCAUGAAAUGCGACCCACAGUGAUCCUUGAAAAAGACAACUAGUGUACAGACCCUCAUGUCAUGUUGUCUGAACUCAGGACGAAAGUGGGGGUGAACUUGCUGCAAACCAGUGCCCAAUCAUUAGUUUUAACUG